AACAUGCAAGUCAAGGCGUUGAUUUUGAUCUCCCUGGGAAUUUUGUCGCUGGUUGCGGCAGAACAGGAAUAUCCGGCCACGGAAGUAAAGAAAUGCUCUGGAAAUAAACCCUUUCCUCUGGAGGUUCGAGUUCAUGGCUGCGUAACUCCGCCGUGUCAAAUUGUCAAGGGAACUGUGCAGAAAUUCGAGAUCGAUUUUGCCGUGGAUAAGUAUAUUACCAAGCUGACCACCUUGGUGAAGGCUACCACAUUGGGAAUCAUCACCGUGCCCUAUGAACUUCCGGAGGAUGUGGCUGCUGUUUGCCCGAAUCUUCAGUACGGCGCCUAUUGCCCACUUUAUGCCACCGAGGAUGUAUCCUAUCUGUUCUCCUUCCCAAUCGGGGAAUAUCCCGAGAUCGGUGUGAAAAUCGAAAUCUAUCUGGUGGAUCAAGACAAUGAGAUUGCCACGUGUUUCGUUUGCGACAUCAAGGUGGUGAAGAAAAAUGGUGGCAACUCGGUCUAUGAACUGGACUAUCUUAACUAGAUUCGAAACGAACUCCUCCUUCGAUUGGCAUAAAUAACUGUGAUAUACCACUCUUUUUUUUUUCAAAAUCCAUCACUGAGCUUACGGAUGUCUCAUGAAUAUUUAAUAAAAUUUUAAAAGCUUUAUUCCCCACA